AUGCAGGAUUUCUCAGCAGAUCCCAAAGAGAGCCAUGCUAUACUUAAAUCUGAAGCACAGGAGGGGCCAAGGAUAGAAGCAGUUUAUACACUAGAGGCGUCCUUUGACCAGGAGUGCUGUUCAAGUCUAAAGCAGGUUACAGAGCUGACAUGUGUUAAAGAUGAAGAGGUCCCUCGACUGGAAUGUGUUCCUAUUAAAGAGGAAUUCAUAGAACAGGAAUGUGUCCCCAUCGCAGAGGAAGUUCCUACUGAAAAUAAUGUCUGUACACUUGAGGAGAACAACCAGCUGGGAUCCAGCCUGUGUGAUGAUUGUCCACCUGAAUGUGAACUGGGAUUUAGAGCUAAAGGAAAUCUCAAAGGAGAGAAAUCUCAUCGCUGCACAGUGUGUAGGAAGAUAUUCAGUCGUUUAUCACACCUUAAAAAACACCAGCACAGUCACAGAGGAGAGAAACCUCAUCAGUGUUCUGAGUGUGGGAAGAGUUUCAGUCGUUUAUCACACCUUAAAAAACACCAGCACAGUCACAGAGGAGAGAAACCUCAUCAGUGUUCUGAGUGUGGGAAGAGUUUCAGUCGUUUAUCACACCUUAAAAUCCACCAGCGCAUUCACACAGGAGAGAAACCUUAUCACUGCUCUGAGUGUGGGAAGAGAUUCACAAAGUUAGGAAAUCUUCAAUCACACCAGCGCAUUCACACAGGAGAGAAACCUCAUCACUGCACUGAGUGUGGGAAGAGAUUCACAAAGUUAGGAAAUCUUAAAGUCCACCAGCGCAUUCACACAGGAGAGAAACCUUAUCACUGUACUGAGUGUGGGAGGAGCUUCAGACGGAUAGAUAGCUUGAAAUCGCACCAGCGAACUCGCAGUCACUUAUCACACCUUAAGACACCAUAAAAUGCACAAUAGAGUGAAGCCCUAUCCCAGCAUUGAAUGUGGGAAGUUGAGUCAGUUGCUGGGUCUUGAAGGAUACAAGAGAAUCCACAGAAUUUCAGCCACUUGAGGACACCUAAACACCAGGAGUAAAUGUGAAUAAAAUAUAGAAAUAUUUACUGCAAACAAAAGAAUAAACUUACUUGAUAAAUAGGUUUAUUCCUAAUCACUUCAGAUCAAAAACCUACACUCACGGAUGGGACAUGAGAACUACAUGGGGGUGAAUACUUAAGCAAUCAAUUAUUUUCUGUUUUAUAUUUGUAAUUAAUUUAGAACAAUUUGUAGAUUUUAUUUUUCACUUUGACAUUAUGGACUUUUUUGUGUUGAUCAGUGGCAAAAACUCCUAAUUAAAUCCAUUUUGAUUCCAUGAUGUAACACAAUAAAAUGUGGAAAAGUCCAAGGGGGGUGAAUACUUUUGAGAGCCACUGUACACCAAGCCCUGUCUGCACAUUUUGCAAUGGUCAACUAGUAGGCAGGAAUAUUUUAUAAUAAAAUUGUUAUUGUUGUCAAUGUGAUGUUAACUACAUUACCAACACUGUGUGGAGGUGUAUUGUUUUGUAUACAGUAGUGGACUGUAGUGGAAUUUAAAUAGAAACAAGUACAAAUAGCCAGAACAAAACACUUUUAUUACAAGUAACUUUAAAAUUGGCAAUGUUGCAUUUAACAAACAAUCAAGCUAACUAUUUAAAUAUAGUGCCACGUUGUGUUUGUAGUUAGAGGGAUUUUAGUUCUUAGCCAGGUUUUGCCCCAGUGAUGUUGCCAGACUGGACAAAACCCCUCUCAACAAUGUGGCGUUGUGCCGAUUCACUUCUCUGUCUUUGUGUUUCUCUUGCAUUC